AUGGAAUCACUGCCAAAAGAAACAUUUCUUCUGAUACAAUCUUACAUUGAUAUACAAACUAAAUUAGAGUGUCUCGUUGUAUGUCGCAAGUGGUACAACUGGGUCAAAUCUGAUAGUCUGUACACCAAACUCACAUUUAAUAACGAAAAACGACUUGAACGUGCAAUUCGCUACCUCUAUCACCAAAGAUGCAAGAGGUCCGUAAGACAACUUGAGAUUCGAAACAUCUAUUUGCCAACAUUGCUGGUGACGACACUGCCAGACACAUUUCCCAGCCUCAAGAGCUUGACCAUAGUGCCGUUCGACAAUGCUGAUGAGGAUCAGUUUACGCCAGACGAUGUGAAUCUGCUUUCAUUCGACCUCUCCAUGCAAAAGUGGACGACCCUGGAAAAUAUAACGGAGACACAUUACCUGCCCAUCACAGUAUCUCUAUUGAAAUCGCCCAUACCAACACAUCUCACAUCCAUCAAACUUACUUACGCUUGGGAUAGCAGCUACUCUGAGGCGACAGAGGCAUCUUAUGUUGAAAAUUACUUCAAGGUGCAAUCACUCAUCAAAUAUCUAUACAACGCACCGUUGCUGACAUGUCUUGAUCUGACGAACAUCUUUAUUACAUUGAAAGAUAUGGAAAAUCUACACGCCAGCACACCCAACUUAAAGACAUUACACCUCAAUAAAAUGCUGCUUUGUCUGCACACCGAGAUAGAGUCAGUCAUUGAUGAUGUAUACAUCGAAUCGACUAAAAAUGGAAUAGAUGUCAAGGAAAAAGCCAGCAAUAUUAAGGACAUUACCUUGUCAACAAUGGACAGCGUUGCCACCGAGGAUGAAUUGAAUGAUGCUGUGAUUAUCAAGUGGCUUGAAUACACGGGCAAAAAGUAUUCAGAUCUACAUAGCUUCUGCUUCUACCGAGCCAUGGAUGACAUUACAAGCCCUACAGGAUUCAAGCUGGAGAAACCUCUGGCACUUGCCUGCCGCAACUGGCCUCAACUGAAAUCGUAUGACACAAACACAUGUCCGUUAAGCAUUGAUAUUUUGAAGGAAUUUGACGAUAACGGGGUUGAGCUGAAUCAUCUUGGCAUCAGCGGCAACAGAGUGACUUUGGAGGAGCAGCUCUUGUUUGUACAAGUCUCGGAUCAAGCCAAGCAUCUCAACUCACUCAAGAUCAGAUACAGUAACGACAGUUUCCAUCACCAGAAUGGCCCCAAUCACAAGUGGAUUUCCAUCAUCAGUGCAUUCCGAAAUCUGCAUACGCUGAACGUAUCAAGCCGAGUGGAGCAAAGCGAAUAUGAAAUCGACAUGCUGCCGAUGGUCUUGCGCGAAGUGCCCACGCUUAAAUACUUUACCAUUGGAAGAAUGCUGGCGAAUGUCAAGGUAGAAAACACACCAACACUAACACAACCCACCUUACUGGAACAUCUCACCAUCACACGCUGUGGUAUCACAAAUGACAAGGAGCUCAGCAACUGCAACGCCAUUGUCAACAAUGUCAUCUUGUUCUCUCCCAACCUCACCACAUUUAUCUUUGAAACGGAUGGCUAUUAUGAAAAUCGACUUAUUCAUUGCGCCAAGAAGAAGCGAAAGAACAUGGCAUUGGAGCUGAAUUUUGAGCAUCAAGACCAUCUCAAGAACCUGGAGGUCAACUUUGAAGAAAGCCAAUACUUUAAGCUGUACAAUGCAGACGGCAAGAGUCAGUGGUAUUAUCAAAAGCAGUUCUUUGUCGGCCAACCGUAUCUGAGGGUCACCAAUUUCAAAAAGAUCUCUGGAUUGCCACAUGGCAAACGCCUCUACACCAAAGUAAAGCUGUGCAAUAACAAAACCUUGACCAUCAAUUCCAGAAGACUUAUAUCUAAUGAAUUCGCAUCAUGA